AUGGAAAUAAACGACGACUUUGAAAGAUUUUGUCAAAUUGCCCAACGUUCUCCACGCAACAGUCUAUCCCCUAUGUAUCAUUCACCCGAACCGUAUAUGGGACGUCGAAGCACACAAUGUGGUUAUCUCACUUUUGAAGACCAAAGCCAAGUAAAACGUUCCUCCAGUUUUCGAGAACCCCGCAGGUUAUCACACGUGCCCAAUACAAGGGGAAGUGGGAAUAUCAGUUCUGCUAGAUCCCCAGCUCGCUCCACACGUCACUUAUCCCCAAAUUCUCGUGGCGAACUUAGCGCAACAGCGGCAGCUAAACGAGCUUCAUUCUCAUCACAUAAUCGAAUAAAUCAGAAUGACUACUCCGGUAUAAAGGAUUGCGAGGAAACAGGUGGUCGCUUUGCAGAGUUGAACAACGGAUUGGAUGACAAUCGUACCAGUCCUAAUGUUCGUAUGAAUGCUGCCAAUCGUCAUCGAGCCGGAUCCAUGAAAGAAGUCGGGCGAAAUCGACCAAAAGCACACUAUCGACCUUCAGCCCCAGCUGUUUUUCCGGACACACUAUCUCCAACCUAUGGAUUUGAACCACAUUCGCCCGGUCGCUACUCGAACCAAAACCAAACAGGUGGACCUGAAGAGAAGUUGGUUCACGUACGACGAUUUCAGCGUAAAAAAGACGGUCAAGUGAUUAGCAAAGGUGACAAGGAUAUUCCGCAAAUAGAACUCUAUCGUUCCGUCAGUCCGACCGAUUCACAACGUGCCAUGUAUCCGCAUUCACCAGUUAGCCAAACGAAGCCGGCCAUCUACACACAUGAUGCAAGCGAUCGAUCAGACGACUCUUCGCAAAGUGAUACUGAAGUGAUUGAAAUACCGGCCAUUACAACUACGCAUGUGAAUCCAGCCUCACAUCACGGAUCUACUAGGGCCAUCCAAACAUCCGCGUUACAAUCCCCACACACCCUAUGUCCGGAAAGUCGAAAUCGAUCCCGAUCUUGGGCUUACGUGUAUGAACCGGAUUCAACCUAUCCGACACAGCAACACAUGCCAUCGCCUAACCGACUGGAUACAAGUAUUUCGAGACAACCACUCACUGUCCAAGUUUUGGGCAGCUCUCGUGUUGGAAAGACCAGUUUGUGCAUGCAGUUCCAAACAUCUGAAUCGUUAGAUGUCACUCUAGAAUGUGGUAAGUGGAUUGUUUCUUUUCGGAUUCAUCGAAAUCUGACAUGUUUACUAGUAAAUGAACGCUACGGAUAG